AUGGGGAAAGAUAUUGGAAGUUACGGCCUACCGGAUUUGGAUCCAACUGAUGAUGGGUAUUCCAGUGGUCACUCGAGAGAGGUUCAAGAGGAGUUGUCCAUUAUUCCAGACAAAAAAGACAUAAAUUUGUUUACAUCUCUUAACACCGAGCAACGUGCUGGUUUUGAUGAAAUCCUCUCUCACGUCAUCGACAAGAGGAGCCAAAUAUUCUUUGUCGAUGGUCCGGGUGGAACGGGAAAGACGUAUCUGUACAAGGCACUCCUUGCCAAGGUUCGUUCCAUGGGACAAAUAGUUGUUGCAACAGCGACAUCUGGUAUAGCUGCAUCCAUCAUGCCUGGUGGACGCACCGCACACUCCAGGUUCAAAAUUCCAAUUAGACUCACAGAUAGCAGCAUGUGCAAUUUCACCAAACAGAGUGGUACCGCGGAGCUGCUUCGCAGGGCAUCUUUGAUAAUAUGGGAUGAAGUUGCCAUGACAAAACGUCAAACAGUUGAGACACUUGAUAGGUCGCUACAAGACAUCAUGGGAUGUGCUCCACCUUUUGGUCGGAAAGUCGUGGUGUUUGGAGGAGAUUUUAUGCAGGUCCUUCCAGUGGUGACGCGUGGGACAAGAGCACAGAUCACUGACGCUACCCUACGGAGAUCUUACAUAUGGGAUAAGAUUAGAAAGAUACGCCUCACGCGUAAUAUGAGGGCGCAAACUGACCAGUGGUUCUCCAGUUACCUUCUCAGAAUUGGCGAUGGAAUAGAAGAAACGAUCGGUGACGAUUACGUGCGUCUUCCGGAUGACAUUGUUAUUCCUUAUGCUCCUACUGAAGAACCUGUGAACAAGCUCAAUGAACAAAACUAA